GCCGAGCGUGAGCUGCUCCAUUGAUGACUUUUUGGACAGAUGCAAGACGCAUUGCAAGCGUUCGAACUACGCACGCAUGCUGACAACCAAUGGCACGCCACAGCACACACCAAGGUAGCACAGCAAGCCGCAGCCUUGGCCAGCCGCCUCGCCCAGCUGGGCUGCACCAAGCGCUUCGUCGUCUCGAGUAUCUCCGAGGGCUAUAGCUUGCCACUCGUCUACCUCGCGGCCUGGCGCAUCGACGCCGCCGUCGCGCCGAUCGACUGCGAGGACCGCGACGACGAGCUGGCCGACGUCGUCAAACGCCUCGACGCCGCGGUUGUGGUCUGCGAAGAAAAGGACGCGGAACGUUUCAGAAGGCUCGCGACGGUGCCGGUGCUCGCGUCACUUGUGGUAAACGAGGCCUGCGCCGCGCCGCCGGUCCCCUUCGCGAGCGACGCCUACGCCCACUGCUUCUUCACGAGCGGCAGCACCGGGCGACCCAAGGGCUGCCUGGUGUCGCGGAACGCGCUCGCGACCUACGCGCGGGCGCGCAACCGCGUCGACGGCGUCGACGCGACGUCCGUGCUGCUCUUGGCCUCGCACCACGCGUUCGACCCGACGGUCGGCGACGUCGCGCAGUGUGCCCUCUCCCAAGCGUCCCUCUGCUGCGCGCCGCGGCGCGAGGUCGUCUUCGCGCUCGCCGAGCUCCUGCGGUCGUCGCGGUGCACGCACAUCACGACGACGCCGCCGCUCUUCGCCACGUGCGUCGGCGGCGCGUUCCCGUGCUUGCGCGUCGUGGCGCUCGGCGGCGAGGCCCUGCCUCCGAAGCUCGUCGAAGCCUGCGGCGGCGCCUUCUCGCUCGUGAGCGUCUACGGCGUCACGGAGUGCUGCGUCUACCAAGCGCAUCGUGUCGUAAAAGCCGUCGGAGACUGCGGCUUGCUGGGGUCGGCGCUGGUCGGCACGAUAAGCCUGGAGGACUGCGAAGUUGUUUUGCGAGGACCCCUCGUCGACGGCGCGUCGUACCUGGGCGGGGAGAGCGGCGGCCACGGGUCCGACGGACAAGGGAGAUACUAUCGGACGGGCGACGGCGGCGCCGUGGAGGACGGCGCGAUCCGGCUCCAGGGCCGCCUCGACGACCAGAUCAAGCGCAGCGGCCGGCGCACGGAGCUCGGCGCCCUCGACGCGGCGCUCGAGGCCACGGCGCUCGUCGCCGCGUGCCGCUUCGUGCUCGUGGACGACGCGUUGGUGGCGUGCUGCGCGUCGCCCGCGGCCCGCUCUGCGAAUUUAGACGCGGAUCCGGUGCUCGGGCCCGUGCUCCAGGCCGCCGCGGGCGCGUGCCUGAAGCGCUUCGUCCAGCCCGCCGCCGUGCUCUUCGCGACGGAAUUGCCGCGGACGCGCACGGACAAGGUCGACCGACGCGCGUGCCAGGCCGCGGCGGCGCGCGCGCUCCGCGACGCCAGCCCGCAGGGGCGCCGCCCGCCCAACACGCGCGUCGAGAAGGCCGUGGCCUUUGCGUGGCGCGAGAUCGGCGUCGCGCCGCCCGGCCGCGACGCGGCCCGCGACGACACCUUCGAGGUCCUGGGCGGCGACAGCCUGCUGGCGCUGCGCGCGUGCCGGCGGCUCGAGGCGCGCCUCUGCGAGGGCCGGCCCUUCGCCGGCGACGGCGACGACUACUACGGCGAGUCGUUUUCGCGCGACGCCUUCCACCCGCGGCACUGCUUCGGCAAGACGCUGGCCGAGUACGCGGCGUUCCUCGAGCGGGGGAUCGACGCCCGGGCCCCGCCGCCGGACGCGCCGGACCCCGCGUUCGUCCGGGGCGACGCGUCGCCCUGGUCCAAGCUCCCGCCGAAGCCGCCGCCGGACCCGUUCAAGGGAGACGCCGUGUUGGCGGCGUUGGAUGAAGCCCUGGGCGCCGCCGCCGAGGCGCGGCGCGGCGACGCGCUGGCCGCGCUCCUCGGCGCGGCGCGCGACCGCGGCCUCGACCUGAGCCGGACGCGGGACAAGCGCUCGACGCCGCUCGCGCGCGCGGCCGCGGCCGCGAACGCGGACGCCAUCGCGGCUUUACUCGCGGCGGGCGCCGCACCGACCGCGGUCGACUCGAACGCGCGGGCGCCGCUGCACCGGUGCGCCGCGGCGCCCGGCGGCGCGCAGUGCGCCCGGCUCCUGCUCGAGGCGGGCGCGCCCAUCGCGAUGCGGGACCGCGCCGAGCAGUCGGCCGUGCACUUCUGCGCGCGGAGUGGCGACGCGGAGACGAUGAAGGUCAUCGCCAGUGCAUGAAUCAAAUUUCACCCGACUCACUGUUUGAUUUGUGCGCAGGUGCUCGCGGCCGCGGGCGCGCGCCGGGGGUGCCUCGACUGGCUCGACCGCUGGGGCCGGACGCCGCUGACGUGGACGGUGCUCCGCGCCGACGCGCCGGGGGCGGCCGCGCGCGACGUCGCCGCUGCGCUCCUUGCACAAGGCGCGUCGCCGACGCCGGUCGUGCUCAAGGUAUCCGUCCAGAACCGGCGCACGACGCUUCCGCCCGAGGGCCCCCUGGCGCUCGCGACCCGUCGCUUCCCGCCCGACGGCGGGUUGCUCGGGGGGCUGUUGCGGGAUGCUGCUAGUGUGUGA